UAAUCCGCCUAGUCUGGAGGUAGCGGCGGUUUACUCGGCCACGCUGCUCCCCUGGCGCGGAGAGGGUUGGGGAGAUCUGGCGACCCUCCCGAGUCGAAUGAUAAAAGAUAAAAAUACCUAAGCCAGUGGAUCCGGCUCAGUUGUACCACGCGCCCGUGUUGAGUGAGCGAAGGGAAAAAGCUAGCUGUGCCCAUGGUCGGACACCAGGUGACUGAGGGCAACGAGGAAGAACCGCGUCUUUGUUUCCAGAGAAGAGGGGAGACCAGCCGCCUCGGCGCUGUGCAGCUACUUCACUGCACUUCAACAAAGUUAUUGUGGCGCGCUUUGUCCUGAGACGGUUUCUAGGUAUAGGUAUGCCUUUUCGGUCUCCAACCGCUCUGGCGAUGGCGGCUAUGCCAUCACCACGAAAUUUGCCCGACAAAUUGGACACGUUACUCUCUCCGUUAGGCGGAACUAGAGGGCAGACACCUGGGUCCUUGGGCAAGGUCGGCUAGUUGGUCUGGGCAAGCGGAACGGCGAUGGUUUCGUUAGUAUCCACGACGCAAGUGAGCAGCCGUAGUAGCGCAUAAGUAUGCGUCACGCUCCGAGCAAUAAGAGGAGGGGGAAACAAGGCAAGAAACACCCCGGGGAAAGCGAACGCGCGGAAACUUACGACUGGAAUGUACGUGUGCUACGGAUGGAUUUCGCCAACCACGACUGGCGGUUGUACGACCUCGACCGGGUCCCGUGGUAUAGCCUCGCCGACGAGGUGAUUGACGAAGUGGUCCGGCGGCACCACGCCUACGACGAGGCCAACCUACCUUUCGACGACCGGAGGUACAGCCCCGCGCGGCGCGAGCAGAUACGCCGGUGGGAGGUCUUGCGCCAGACCCACGCCGCUGCCACUGCCGAGCCCUCUCCCUCUCUAUUAUACCACUCAGCUCCGCCCUCCCAUGUUACCGCCAUCGGCCCCGAAGUCAUAUCCUUAGUCGCCCCGAGGCCAGGGACAGUCGACAACCCGCGUGACCGCACCGACGAGCACCGCCGACCGGAGCUGCCACCGGCUAGGGAGAAGGAGGCGGAGGGGACAGGCGCGCCCGAGCUGAGCCAUGGAUUCAUCACGUGGGGGUUCGAGCUCGAGCUGCCUGUCGCAGUUGCGCCGGCAGGUGGCCUGCUGGCAGAUAAGCCUCACCCGAGAGAGACCCGGUGGCAGGCGGACAUCGUAACGGAAGACAAGGAGGUGUUCAGGCAAGCCGCAGUUGCGCAGAUGCUACAGGUCCUCAACUCGCAGAUGGAAGGCUCGGUAUUCGUCGGCAAGGACAACGAUGAAGACGACGAGCUAUACAAGCGCAAGGUCGCGAACCUCGAGAGCCUCGAGGCUGACGGGGCCGUGAGCGCCGGGAGCGAACGUGCGGCGCAAGAUGCGCUCGUCUUCGCCAAAAGCUCCUUCCGGCCCCACGAGGGGCGGUUCCUUCCGCUGGCGACCGAGGACGACGUCGAGAGGGCCGUGAAUAGAGUCCCUAACAUCGAGGCCUGGGGGAUAGUCGGGGCGAAGGAGACGAACCGCAUCUAUCGUCGUCUCACAAACCUAUUGCGGGCGGAGGUCUACCGGGCGCGCAGGGACCCCGACCACGUCUUCCUCGAAGGGAUGAAGCCACGGUACAGGGCUUUCUCCGUAUACAUAAUGAACAACGUAGAUCUAUCGGCCGUGAAGAGCAGGGACUACACGGACCUCCCCGAGUCAAACCCGGCGACCCAGUACCGAUGGGAGGUGAUCAAAUUGGCAUCGCCCGUGCUGCGGAUGCAGCCUCAGGAGAACCACCAAGUCGUCCAGCGGCUCUGCCGCGUUCUGCGCAACAAUUUCUGCAUACACAAGGACCUAGAGUCCAUCCCGGUGACGACGCAGAUCACCGUGUCGCACACCGCGGGGUUCGACAUCCUCGAGAUGAAGAAGGUCAUCACGCUCAUGGCGAUCCUCGGAGACCAGGACAUCAUGCGACUACACCAGAGCUACCGGUCUAGCCGCAAGUACGACCGGGUCUGCGGACCACUCAAGACCCAGUCUGCUCUGGGCGCCCUGUCACGCCGGGUCCCGUGGAUCGACGGCUUUGACCCUCGCGGGGUGGUACCACACCCGUCAGAGACGACACGGGACUACCUCCUCGAUCAGAUGAAGCGAUACCUGCCCUUGGAUUUGCUGCUCACAGAGGACAAGCUGUCGGACAAGAUCUUCUACCUUUCCCUCUGGAUGUACACGAAUGUGGACGACAUUAGUAGGGCUAUGAACCCCGAGCUCCGCACCCGCAAGGUAGAGAUGGUCACGAAGUGUAGCGGCAAGGGGCCGACGACGGGGCCCGCUCCGGGGGAGGCGGAAGUUCAGGCUAAGGCUAAGGAGGUCGGAUGGCCGCUACCGCCUGGCGGCCCGCCGUUCCGCCCAGUAGACGAGCGGCGAGGUGUGUUCGAGUUCCGACAGUGCGCCAACACGCUUGACGCCAGCCAUCUCAUGAGCUGGGCGACGACCUGUGCCGCCGUCGUAAACUUCGCCCGGAAUGCAUCUGCCGAAACUUUCAAGGACUACGUGACCAACGUCCUCACCGGCGAGACCAGCGUCCUGGGUGGCCUCGGUGUGCCCCUAGAGGCCCAGGACUUCUUCAGGAGCCACAUUGACGAUGACAACGGCUACUUUCGGUUCGGAGAGCAAGAAGUCUUGUGGAGCGAUCCUUUCUAUCCACCGAUGCCGUAGAAACGAAUCGAACCGUUAUUUGAAACAAAUUGAAAAAAAGUGAGGCCCCGUGUCAAGGUAAGGAAUAGCCUGGAUUAGAUUAUUUUCAAUUUGCAGUACGGUGACGUAGUGGCUGUGCCGGCGCCGUUUCUAAGUGUCAAUGUAAGGCAAGUCGAAUCCUGCUAAUGUAAGUGCUCGUGGAUGCCAGCGAAUUUCUGACGGUU